UGGCCCAGCACCUCGACCAAUCCUGGCCCAGCACCUCGACCAAUCCUGGCCCAGCACCUCUGCAUUUACAACCUCUUCCAUUCAAAACCUGAUAAGCAACAAAGCCAAAUACCAGACUUAUGAAAAUUUACUGGAGAUGCUAUUAAGUAAUUUUAACAAGACCAUUUUUUAGUACACACAAACAUCAAAUAAUUUUUAGUUAAUCUAUUUACAUACUAUCCUUUUAAAUGGUUUGAGUAUAUAUAUAAUCACUACAGACUUCCUGAAAGAUCAAUAACCAUAAAAAAGCACUAUCAGUUCACUUCCACUCCCUGCUGUGAGAGGGUCAUGACACCACAGGGGAGAGUAAAAGGCACGACAUCCAAGAGAGGGAAAGUCUCAAUUUCCAAGUUGAAGGGCGUGGCUCUUGGGAAGAUGGGGAAGGACAGAAAGGGGGGUGUGGCUUACAGGAAGGCAAUGGCAGGGGGCGGAGCACCCCUUAGGAGGAGACUAUAAACCAUAGGUUGGCCGGGUCCUCGCUCACAGUUGCGUCCCACACUCCAUUUCCUUCACACACACACACAUACACACAUACACAGUACACCACACAUUCUCUCUUACUACUCUUCACACAUACUAUUAAUCACUCAUCUGAGAGAAAAGCACCAAACGGGAUCAGUCAAGUACCACUCCAUCCUUUGGCAGGAUGGGCAGGAUCUCUUGGGCACUGGUGAUGGGCAUAGCAAGUGUGGGUGUAGUGUGGACAGAUGAGUGUUCCCUCACACCUGUUAUUCACAUCCUCUCCUACCAAGGCUGUACCUCCAAGCCCAUACCUUCCUUUGCUUGCCAGGGCAGGUGCACCUCCUAUGUCCAGGUGUCAGGGAAUAAGCUGUGGCAGACAGAGAGGUCUUGUAUGUGCUGCCAAGAGUCUGGAGAACGAGAGGCAUCAGUCAUACUCAACUGUCCCAAUGCUCGUCAGGGAGAACCCAAGCAAAAAAAGAUCCUGACUCGUGCACCUAUUGACUGCAUGUGCCGGCCCUGCACUGAUGUGGAGGAAGGCACCGUCCUUGCCCAGGAGAUUGCAAAUUUCAUACACGACUCGCCCAUGGGCAAUGUCCCCUUCCUCAAGUAGGCUCUUCCUUCCUCUCUUUUACUCAGGAUACAUAUACAAACACUUUCUUCUCCCUAAUCCCAGCCUUUGCAUUUUCUCCCUGUCCCCACAUCCCUACAAAUAGAAUAUGCCGCCUAUGACCAACAGUAUACAGCAGCUGUAACAGGUGUGAGGCAGCAACCAAUCAAAAGAAACCUAACAGCAACAAACUAAUAUUAGCAGUCAAGCCCUGUAUUAACAAUAAAAAUGGCAGCAAUAUUGUAGUACUUUACUCAGUAAUAGCAUCAUAAGAAAAAUAUUAUAUAGCUCAACAUUCCCACCACCACAUAACCAGGGUGUAAGAGAAAGAUGUAGUUUCUUUCUAACAUUGUGUCAACCAAUUACUUUCAAAACUGUUGCAGUGCAGUUAAUGUUGCAAAAAUGAUUAUUAGUUUUGUUAUCAAGAGGUCAAAUUAUGUAGGCCUGAAAGGAAAAUUCAGUUCAGUACUUUGCAUUCUCUGUCCAACUAUAGUGCCUAUGUUACGAUGCGUGAUCGGUAAUAAUAAAUUCAGUAAAUCAUU